AUGAUUAUUGCCGGAUUUACUGAUCAACUGAAAGGCUGGUGGGAUAAUUAUCUCACCCAAGACCAGCGCUUUCAAAUAAUGCAUGCAACCAAGACUGAAGAUGAUAAGAUUGUUCAAAACUUAGUCUAUUCUUUAGUUAUGAAUAUCAUUGAACACUUUUCUGGAAGAUGGUCUAUUAAUAGUGAGACCAUUAGGACAAUGCUCCAGAAUUUGAGGUGUAAAACCCUCACAUCUUUUAGAUGGUAUAAAGAUGUUUUCUUAUCCAGAGUGAUGGAAUUGCCAGAGAGUAAUAGUACUCAUUGGAAGUCUAAGUUCAUAGAUGGACUCCCGCCCUUAUUUGCUGAAAGGAUUCGAAAAGUCCUUAGAGGCACAGGAAUGAGUAUUGAUUAUAAUAAUUACUCAUAUGGUAAACUAUUUAGUGUAUGCACUCAGGAAGGUUUAGCUCUGUGUAAUGAGAUCAAGUUAAACCAACAAAUCAAGAAACAUCGUCUCACUGAGAGACAACAAUUAGGUGAAUUCUGUGAACAAUUCGCCAUUGAUAUACCAUCCAGAAGAAAGAAAUCCCGUAAAAAGGAUUUCAAAAGGAAAAAGGGUUCGCCGGAAAAACGGCGCGAAAAGACCCAAAAAAGAAAGGCUUUUCAUAAAGCCAGAAAGGGUUUUAUUAAAUCAAAAAACCCUCAGGCCUGUUAUAAAUGUGGUAGAGUAGGCCAUUAUGCAAGAGAUUGCAAGAUCAAAGAACUGGAUUUAGAUGAUCAUAUCAAAGAUUCUUUAUAUAAGAUUCUUCUGAAUUCUUCUCCAGAAAUAUCUGAUACUGAUAAAGAAACUUCAUCAACAAGUGAAGACCUAAGGGUUGUUCAUGAAGAAAGUUAUACUUCAUCUUCUGAAGAAGAGCAAGAGGUUAUUAAAGACCCUAAAUUAAGGUCCCAGCUAAUAGAUAAAAUUCCUACAGAUCCAGAGGUAGGAACAGAGGUGGAAGAAAUUCCGUCUCAGAAAGAACCUUACACCAUGUCUGAAAUCAGAAAGAUGGUGAAAAAUAAGUCUCAGCCUGAAAGGCUUGCUACUGUCCAAGAUUUAAGUACUGAGAUAAGUUAUCUCAAGAAAGAAACCUCACAAUUAAAAGCUUCAAAUGUAGCUUUAGAUGAAAGAAUUUUCAGAUUAGAAAAUUCUGAGGGGAUUAAUACAGAUCUCGGUGUUAAGAUUACUGAGAUAGAUAAUAUCCCUAGUUCUUCAAAAGAAAAGACUGCUAGUACUUUAUUGGCA